AUGUCGUCUCCUCGUGCUCCCCAAGAAGAGGUUAUACAACCUGACGCUGCUUUGCAGAAUGUCACUGACGAUGAGGCUUAUGAUAAUGAGAGUGAGCGGUCGUCUUUGACAUCUCUGACAUCGUCUAUUCUACAUGGAAAAGUCGAGGGCGGAAGAACCUAUGCCGUGUAUGGCAAAGAGGGCAAGUCUCCCAGAGAAAUCUGCUUCUCCGGUUCUAACAAAUUUCAGAGGAUAUGGUCAAUCGAAAUGGCAGAAGAAUUUCCAUCUGCAGAGGUCAUUGGGACGGAUGUUGCACCGACGCAACCUGACUGGGUGCCACCGAAUUGCCACUUUGAAGUCGACGAUGUUGAAAGAGAAUGGACAUGGAAAGAAGAUAGCUUUGACUUUGUUUAUGCCCGAGAUCUUCUGCUAGCAAUUCGAGACUGGCCAGCCCUGAUUGACCAAACAUACACGCAUCUUCGAGGAGGCGGAUGGGUCGAGUUCCAAGCCAUCGUCGGCGUUCUUGGUUGCGACGACGACUCCAUUCCUGAAGACAGCUAUCUCCGCAAAUUCUCAACAAUGAUGGAACAGGGCUCUGCAAAAUUCGGUGCUAGUCUGACUGAUCCAAUGCGAUGGAAGGGCUGGCUUGAAGAACGCGGAUACCAGAAUGUCACAGAGCGCGUUUUCAAGCUUCCGUUCAACCCAUGGCCCAAAGAUCCGCGCAUGAAGCUCCUGGGAGCUUGGGAGAUGGAGAAUCUGCUAAGUGGACUCGAAGCGAUGGUAACGAGGAUGUUCCAGAAAGGUCUUGGAUGGACGGAUGCAGAAGUCACUGUCUUCCUUGCAUUUUUGAGAAAGGAAAUUAAGAAUCCAAGGAUGCAUGGUUAUUGGCCUUACUAUGUUGUUUACGCUCAGAAGCCAAAAGAGGACUGA